AUGAGUUACUAUGAUAUAUUAAAUAAGCAAAAUUUAACAUUGCCAGAGGUUGAUACAUUUGAAUCUGUUCCAUCCACACCUUCAAUGAUUGAAAAUGAUUUAAAAGAGUCAGAUGACAGUGAAGGUGAAUUUUGUGAAAUAGAUAAUGACAAUAAUGUUUAUUUUAACAAAAAUAACAAAGACAAGUUUUUAAAUUUAUUUGAAUUGGCAAGAGAUGUGGAAAAUUUGGAAAAAAUUGCAGAUGAUGAAAAUAAUGUUAGUGAUGAUGAAUUUGAAAUCAUGAUUGAUAAAACAACUGACAGUUGCAAUUUUCAUCAAGAAUAUGCAGUAAUGUGUUAUAAUGAAUCAGAUGAAACAGGGAUUUUGCCAGGUUCAUUGGAAAUUGUGAAGAUUCAAUUAUCACACCAAGACAAUGCUUAUUUUGUGACCACAAUUUUUAUGUAUUAUCAUGUGGAAAAAGUUGCACAGUACAUACAUGGAAUUUUACUUGGAAAAGAUUUGAUUGUACCAUGCAUAACUCAGCAUACAUUCUCAGUGAUGAAUAAUAAUAUUUUGCCAGUAUUUGAAAAAUUCAUUACCUAUCAUCCACAUUAUAUAUGUCUUUCAUGCUUUGAAAAGAAUGGAGGUCAUGUUCAUAUACCUACAGGAAAAGGCCUAAAUAAAAAAUAUAACCAUGCAUUAAAAGAGAAUGUUUUAUCAAAACUUGUGUCUGUUUUAAAUGUUUAUUCAAACAAAAACAACAAUUUAUUUUUUUUGAAUAACCACACUCUAAAUUUAUUGAAUCCUCUGAUCAUCAAAGCUUUGUUAAAACUUGGUAAAGCUGAUAAAUUAAUUUUAAAGCAGAAAAAAAAUCCUGUUAACCCUGGUGGAUGUUUUCAAUUCGGUCAAAGUCUGAGGAAAUCAUUAUAUCAUUCUAGAGAAUUGGUUAAAAAAAAUGAACAAUGUUUAACUAAUCCCAGUUCCCUAAUCAAAUAUCACAAGGUCUUCCCAGAUACCAUUAAAGAAUUCUUUAAUGCAAGUCUUUGUAGGCAUCCAAAACUUCUAUCUUCUCUGCAUGCAAUCCUUAGAGUUGUAUAUGUUAUUCCUCAUACUCAAAAAUAUGAAGGACUCUUGGAAAUCAAAAGAAUGCACCAAACAGUUUCCAAACAUGAUCUUUCAAAUGGUCCAAAAACUUGA